CUAUAUUUACUGGACGAAAGUUGCAAUUUUCCCGGAAAAACACCAACCCUAAGUUUUCAUUUCUGAUCUGCUGCUGCUGCUGCUGCACAUGCCAAAUCCUCUAAGCUUUCUCACAGAGAGAGAGAGAGAGAGAUAGUCCAAGAACUAGAACAAGAACAAAUCCACAAAAACACACACACAACACACAGUUCCUCAUACUUCUUCUACUCUUCUAUAAAUAGAAUUCUCCCUUUCCAGUUUUUGGUUUUUAGGGUUUCAAUAUUUUUCACUCUUUUAGUUAAAAAAGGAAGGACCAAGAGAGGAAAGGGAAGUUCUCCGGGGAGAAAAUCAAAAUCCAGCUGAAAUCAAAUAAAAAGAAGUAUAUAUAUACAUACAUACAUACAUAUAUAUAUAUAUAUAUAUAUAUAGAGAGAGAGAGAGAGAGAGAGAGACUAUAGAUAGAUAGUGCAGCAGGGAUCAUCAUGGGUAGGGGGCGAGUGGAGCUGAAGAGAAUAGAGAACAAGAUAAAUAGGCAGGUGACAUUUGCCAAGAGAAGAAAUGGGCUGCUCAAGAAAGCUUAUGAGCUUUCUGUGCUCUGUGAUGCUGAGGUUGCUCUCAUCAUCUUCUCCAACCGUGGCAAGCUCUACGAGUUCUGCAGCUCCUCCAACAUGCUCAAGACUCUUGAAAGGUAUCAAAAAUGCAGUUAUGGCUCGCUAGAAGUCAAUCAUCCCGGCAAGGAUAUCGAGCAGCAAAGCAGCUAUAGGGAAUAUCUGAAACUGAAGGCCAAAUAUGAGUCUCUACAACGAUACCAAAGGCAACUUCUUGGGGAUGAUUUAGGGCCUCUAAACAUCAAUGACCUUGAGCACAUUGAACAUCAAUUGGAGACAUCACUGAAGCAUAUUAGAUCGACAAGGACGCAGGUUAUGCUGGACCAGCUUGCUGAUCUUCAGACAAAGGAGAAAUUGAUGCUUGAUGCUAAUAAGGCUUUAGAGAGAAAGCUGGAAGAAAUAUAUGCUGCAAAUCAGCUUCAGCAAUCAUGGGUAGGAGGGGGGGAGCAAAGCAGCACAUAUACCCAUCACCACCCUCACUCUCAGGGCUUCUUUCAGCCUCUUGACUGCAACUCUACUCUGCAGAUUGGGUAUAAUGAUCCGGUGAGCUCGAGCCAGAUGACAGCAGCAACCGAUGUGCAGAACGUGAACGGGUUGAUCCCAGGUUGGAUGCUCUGAACUGCAUUGUAAGAAAUAAAAACCGUCGUCCUAACAUGUCAUAGAAGCAUAUAUGCUGUGUCUGAAGAAGAGAUGUGCUUCCACUACUAUCUCAAUAAUGGAAUGCAUCUGCAGUAGUACGUACUGUUAGUAAAAUUGGAGUCUUGAACAUGAUGGGAUCAUUUGCUCAAAUUUCCAACUUUUAUCCAAGUUUGUGUAUGUAUGUAUGUAUGUAUGUAUGACAUUUGCUAUAUGUCAAAAAGUAACAGGACUCUGUACGAUUGGCUCUAUCUUUCAAGCUCAUCACGAACGAAGAAACUCCAUAUUGUUGUACUUAA